UUCUAACACUCUCAGAAGGCACAUGGUUGAAUUAUUAAUUGCACACACAACAUUAGACCAAAAUGACGGCAACACCCCUGAGUUGGUAUUUCAUUUUACGCAUUUGUCCUUCAAUAAUAGCACACCUACCUCCUCCCUUGCAAGAACCCAAGCCCCCAUUGUCUUCCAUCUCCAUCGAAUCAGUGUAAGGCGAUCUGGCGAAGAGAACCGCGGCUGCAUAUUGGCGGUUAAAAAUUUUACUCCUCCGAACGGUGCCGAUCGACCCCCGUGCAAGGCCACGCUCGGCGUCCUUAACAUCUUAACCCGAUGACGCAUCACAGCCGGGCUGGACUUCGCAGUCCAGUUAAGCAACACAUACCUGAUGCUCCGACCUGCAGCAACAGAAAAUGGACUACAAUGCCGGCGGUUUUGGUUAUUAUCCGGAACCAUGAAUUACAUGACACAAAAUUCGGACGCCAUGCCCAUCGCAUCAUCGAACCCUAUCCCGAAACACAAGUCGAAGGCCCGCAAGUGUGCUAGAUGAGAACCUCAAGAGUAGAAGAUCUUCAUGUCCGCCACUGAACACGUCACUGCAGAGGGACACCGUCGUGGAAAGUGCUUCUCUUCAAUGGGGUGGGAGCGAUUACGCGAAUUGUUCAACAAAAUGCAGGGAAGAACUGGACUAUUGCACAGCUGAAAAACCAUUGGGGUGCUAUGCGCACGGACCACAAACUACUGUUUGAGCUGCUUCAGAGCAUGGGAAUAGCUUGUGGUCUGAGCACCAGGGACAGAAUUGAUGCUCCAGAAUGGUGGUGGAAGCAGAAAAUUAAGGAGAACCCUCGGUAUGGAAAGUUCAAGGACAAUGACAACACAGAGAUCUACCAUAAAUACAGCCGUCUGUUUGGAGGUAGUUGUGACUCCAUGAAGUAUGCACUGACACCCACGAAGCUGUCUCAACGUGGGUUUGACUUGGGUGCCAACUCUGACUCAGAUGAUCCAAACGACACAUUACCGAUCAAUGCCGAGACAACUGAUUCGAGCAACGACCCGACUCCAAGACUAGGGAGCUCCUCGAUGAAUAUCUCCCUGCGUCGAAGCAGCGAGAAACGUAAGGGAAAACAUGCGAAAGGGAAGUGGAAGAAGUUCGGGACGAGGGAGGUUUUGGAGUCGGUGGAUAACCUCGCUUGCGCAUUGAGGGAGAUGGCCUCUGCGAUCCGCACAAAAGAAGAGGGUCGUAUGACUCUCCAUAAAUGCAUAGAUGAUUAGCUUUCGACUGGGCUUGUCGAAGCCGGGGAUGAGUUGCACAUGUUCGUGUUGUGGUUCCUAAGAAAUUCUAGAAAUUGUGUUGCGUACAGUGCAGCUAAAACGCUGGAGAUGCGCUAAAAGUGGAUUGCGUAUUGUUUUGAACGCGACAAAAUGCCGGGUUCUGGGAGCCGCUGAUCGUGCUUCGACUGUAUGUGUCGUUGGUUUUAGUUCGUUUGAACGCUUGUUAUGUUAUCUUCCGUACGGCUUGUUGUAAUAAUACUUUGUUGUUCGACUUUUUGUUCACACGUUUCGUGCACCAAACUAUGCGCUAUGUAUUUCGUACUGCUGCAUGUAAUGAAAA